CAGUAGAAUAUCGGUUGGUAGUUCUGGAAGGUGAGUCAACAUUUAAAAAUGACAGACCGGAAAGUGUACGGCAGCCUCAACUCACCGAACACAUUGAAGCCAUUUGGUCAAGUUCCAGUAUAUGAGGACGAUGGCAUCAAACAAUUCGAAUCAAGAGCAAUAAUAAGAGGCAUGGGACAUGAAUACGCCAUGAAAGGAGAAGAGCUAAUUUUCUGGGAUCCCAAGAAGCAGGCCGUAAUAGCUAAUUGGAUUGACGUCGAGGAUCACUGGUUUGAGCCUCCGGCAUCGGAACUGAUCUUUGAGAUGGUGAUCAAGCCAAAGAAAGGCUUGGCUCCGGACCAAGAAACAUUAGCGGAGGCUGAGGCCAAACUGAGCAAUGUUCUUGAUGUCUAUGAGGCCCGGCUAGCAAAAUUCAAGUACUUGGCAGCUGACAAGUACACCAUUGCAGAUGUACUUCAUCUCCCAAAUCUGCAGAGCCUUGUGGGAACGCCGGCGAAGAAGCUUAUAGAAUCGAGACCUCGGGUGAAAGCAUGGUGCUCUGAGAUUCUUGCUCGACCUGCGUGGGCAAAGGUGCUUGAGAUGAAGCAUAAAACUCAAGCCCAGGCUAGCUCGAUUAGUACUAAUCUUGAGUGUACGUGACUCUGAAAUAAUCCCGUAGAAGUGCUUUCAAUUUUCUCUGUGGAACGAGAGAUUUCUUCUCUGGACUUUAACGUAUUUA